AGUGGAUAUAGUAGCAAAAGCAAAAGCAGUCGUCUUCCUUAAUAAUUUUUUUCUUUACGAUAUAUUUUUUUUGUGUAUUGAUACAUGAAGAAAUACGAGGCGCGCGGCGCGGACCAAAAAAAAAUAAAAUAUAAAAAAUUGAGAGAUGAUUUUGAGGAGAGAAAAAAAAAUAUCAUAAAAUAAUAAUAUUUUUGCCUUUCCCUUCACUAUAAUUUAUCUUUUUCGAUCAUAAGACAAACACACAACACCACAGCAGCAGCAGCCGUGAGUGUAUAGCAUAUAUACAGUUGUGUGACGGGAGUUAUUGUGUACAUGUGGAGAGUGAGAAAGACAGAGAAAAAUAUUAGAGGAAUUAUAUUUCACAAAAAUCAUAACAAUAUUCAAUGUUUGAUUUUCCGUUGAUUCGUGUAAACGUGUCGGUUUAUCACGCUCGGUUCUCUUGACUUUUUCGAGUGUUUCUCGCAUCGCGAUUUUCAAAACUAUUUUGUUAUAUUAUUGUACAACUUUUUAAAUAUAAACACAGAAAAAAAAUAAUAUUUUAAAUAAAAAAAAUUAUAACAAAAAAAUAAGUGAAGAAAAAAUGUGAAAAGAAGAAAAAUUUGUGAAAAUUCUUGACAAAAUAAAGCAAAAAAAAGUGCAAACAGUGAACCAAGAAAUCAGUGAUUACAGAAAUGAGACAAAGUUUAUAGCGAAUCUCAAAAAAUAAGAAGAAUAAAAUAAAAGUUAAAAAUCAAAAAAAAUUCGAAGAAUCUCGAGACAGUCGAGAAAUGAUUCAACUUGAUUCAAUUGGAUAUAAAAAUAAUGCCGAUAGUGAAUCAAAUUCCGUUCAUGAACAAGAUUUAAAGGAAACGUCUUGUGAUGACAAAGAGAAUUCAAUCGAUAACAGUAGUCGUAACAGCAGUAGUAAGCAAAAGAAACACAACAAUUUAAUAUCAGAAUCACCAGUGUUUGGUAUGGCUGAAUGUGAGACGACGCGCGGUGGCAUUGGCGACAAUGAGGGUGAGGAUGUAAAUGGAAAUUUAGAGGAUGUGAAUGGAAAAUCAAUUGGAAAGGAUGAGCCAGAUGAUGAAAAUUCAACGGCUGAUGACAAUGAAACGGAGCCGGGUGAAAUAAAUUUCAGUCAAUCAAGUGCAUUGGAAAUGCAAGCGCAUCAAGCGGCCGCUGCAUCGGCUGCAAUGAAUGAGGCAAAUGCAUUGUUUAAUAAUGCAGCAGCCAUGUUUCAACCGGGCAUGUCAAUGCAAACCUUCCAAAAUGCCAUUGCGCAAUUCACGGCAAAUGCAAUUGCAAACAAUAUGGAUAAUGAAACUGUCAUGAAAAAUUUGGCGAUCUUGCAGUCUGCACUUUUUACAUUACAGCAACAACAGUUUCUUCAAUUUCAAUUAAUUCAGCAUUUGCAGUCGCAAUUAGUGAAAAAGAAUGACGGCGAAGAGGAGAAGCAAAAUAAUGGCAAGUCCGAAUCGGAUGAUGAGGAGCAAGAUUGUAAAAUGAAGGAUAAUGAUAUUGAAGAGGAGGAUGGCGAAAUGGAUGACGAAAUUGAUGAACAGCAAAUGAACGAGAGACAAAAUCAAAUUCAUAAGCGACUAAUGGAAAGUAAACAUUUCAGUCAGAUGCAGGAAAGUCUGAUGAAGGAGAGUGAAAAUAGAAUCGCUAAAACAAAAAGUCAAGAAAAUUGCAGCGAUCCCGAGAGUCUCGCCCAAAAGAAGCAAAACGACGAUAGCAUAAGUUCAUAUUCAAAUAGUUUCUCAUUAGCAUCAAAUAUCAUCACAGAUCAUGAUCCAACGGCGCAGAUAAAUGAAUCGACAAAUUCAUUAGCUAUGUUAGAGAAGAAGGCACAAGAGGUGCUUAAUUCAGCAUCACAAGGAAUUUUAUCAAAUAAUCUUUUAGAUGAAUUAGCAUUUGCGAAUGAUAAGGCAUCGCCAAAUGGACGAACAGAUUCGGCACUUUUUAAGCAUCGGUGUCGAUAUUGUGGUAAAAUAUUUGGUUCAGAUUCAUCGCUGCAAAUACACAUCCGAUCACAUACUGGCGAGCGUCCUUACAAAUGCAAUGUGUGUGGAAGUAGAUUCACAACAAAAGGAAAUUUAAAAGUUCAUUUUCAACGGCAUUCGGAUAAAUAUCCUCAUAUACCGAUGAAUCCUAAUCCAGUUCCUGAGCAUUUGGAUAAAUAUUUCCCACCUCUCGUACCAUCUGAGGCAUUAAAGGAGAUGCCAACUGCACCACCUCAAACAACACCACCAUUUCCUAGUAUCGAUUCAAGACAGUUUCCCCAACGUGGAUUCUUUCCUGACUUUUACCUGCCACGUCCACCUCUCGACUUAUUCAAUUCAGUUGCUGCUGCCGCUAAUGAUAUAGCAGCUGCUGUUUCAAGAAAUCCAGUCGAUUUAUCACAAGUUAAGAAACCAGAAUCACCUACUUUCCGUUUAUCACCCGAAGUUACGAUUCAUGAAGAAGAGACACCAAAGCAAACAAUCAAAGAGGAACCGACUGAUGAAACUUUAGAUUUGAGUGACAAAUCACAAAAGAAUUCAUCGUCAAAUGACUCGACGAUACAAACAGCGAGACCGCCGGCAAUUACACAACCGCUACGUAUUUCAUCACCAAAUAAUAAUAGUAAUAGUAAUAAUAGUAACAAUCAUCAUCAUCAUCAUCAUCAUCAACAACAACUACCACUUCAUCAUCAUAUAAGAUUAGAAAAGGAUGAGACAAAUGAGAGACCAGCCCGAUCAUCAAGACACGAUAGACAUGAGAGGCAUGAGCGCGAACGUGAACGUGAAGAUAAGGAAUUUAAUAUUAGAGCUAUGAAAAAUAACAAUUCGAUUGAGAAUUUGGCAAAAGUUCCAUCUGUGUCGCCGCCAAGUAGCUCAUCGAGUACAUCUGGUUCACUUUAUCAAGACACUGUACUCGAUCCAAAUUACUUUUCGGCUCAUCUACCUCGACCUGAUAGCAAUGAUAGCUCGUGGGAGAAUUUCAUUGAAAUAUCAUCUGAGACAUCCAAGUUACAGGAGCUUGUGGACAACCUUGAUAAUAAGAAUAUUGAGCCAAAUCAGUGUUUGGUGUGUAAGAAGGUGCUGUCAUGUAGAAGUGCAUUGCAAAUGCAUUAUCGUGUUCAUACCGGCGAACGUCCUUUCAGAUGUAAGAUCUGUGGUCGAUCAUUCACGACAAAAGGAAACCUCAAGACUCACAUGAGUGUCCACCGAAUCAAACCACCAAUGCGCACACUACACCAAUGUCCAGUGUGUCAUCAAAAGUUCUCAAACAUCUUCGUCCUACAACAGCACAUUCGACUACAUACGGGCGAGAUGACAGACUUAACACCUGAUCAAAUUCGUGCAGCUGAAAUUCGUGAAUUUCCUGAACAUAAAGAGAUGCAAAUGCCUCCAUAUGCCCUCCGAAUGCCUGAUUUUCAACCACAAAAACGUUCCGCUACGGUUGAUCAUUCGGAUGACGAGAAUGAUGUUGAAAUGACUGAUGAUCGUAGUGAACGUGAGACACGUGAGCGUGAAAUACGCGAAAAAUCUGGCAAGGUGCAAAAGAAGAGUAGUAAUAACAAUAAUAAUAAUAGUAGUAGUAAUAACGUCAGCGAAGGAAUUCGUGUAAAGACAGGCCUCACGUCACCCGACCUUGAGAAUCAUGUCGAAGACUUGAGAGCAAUGAACUUGCAACGUUUAUCAGUGCAAUCAAAUGAUGACUAUUCACGUGACUCGUCGCCUGUAAGUCCGAGCAUAUCAGAAGCUAAAAGACUGCGCUCAUCAAGUCCCCAAAUGAAUCGUCACACACCACCAUCUGGAUUAUCAAGUCGUUCACCGAUUGCAACACCACCAGCUAAUGAUCGUCCACCAUUUCCAUAUGGACCACCUUUUUUAGGCAUGCCACAAUUUCCGCCCUUCAUAAAUCGUCCACCAUUCAUGACAAAUGUACCGAUCGUACCGUCAGCAGCUAAUAUGCCACCAUUUGGACUAUUCGGUGUACGUGGUAAUACGACAACGUGCAACAUUUGCUUUAAAACUUUUGCCUGCAACUCUGCAUUAGAAAUACAUUAUCGUAGUCACACCAAAGAACGACCUUAUAAGUGUACAAUUUGCGAUCGCGGCUUUUCCACAAAGGGCAAUAUGAAACAGCACAUGCUAACCCACAAAAUUCGUGACAUGUUUGGCAACUCAAAUUCUGGCGAUGAAUCUCGAAUGUCAUCAGGCGGUGGACACACAAGCGACUCACAAUCCACAAUCAACAAUAAUAAUCAACAGAUAAACUUUGCAAUAAAAUUGGAAAAAUCGCGAUCACCAUCAAACUAUACAAACGGCGGUGAUGAUAAAAACAAUGUUGGCGAUGAAGACGACGAGAUGAAUGACGGCAAAGAGAAUGGCAUUGAAAAGGAGUCUAAUGAUGAGGAUUUUGCAUACAAAGAUGAGCCAGAGCUCAAGAAAUGGUGCAACAAGUUGAAUGAAAUGCCAGAAAAUAUUGCUGCGAGUUGAUAGAAUCAAAAGAAAUAAUUGUGCGCGGGAAUAUCCGACUAACUUGAUGAAUGGUCCACUUAAAAAAAUGCAAAAAAGACUUUUUUGUGUAUAAAGUUAAAAAAAAAAGUUUAUGAAAAAUGAAGUAAUUUAAAAUGAAAAAAAUUAAUUAAAUGUGUCUAUGAAUUUUACAAAAUAAAACAAAAAAAAUUAGAAAUUGAUAAAAAAAAUUUCAUUUUAAAGUGAGAGCGAGACGAUGGAGAAUUUAAAAUAAAUAAAAUAACACACAGACAGACAUUUGACAUAUCAAAUUAAAGCGAAUUAAAAGCGAAAGUGUACAGCUCUAUCUACAUACAAUUUAAAUACAUAUGUACUACUACUAUAGCCACCCCCACCCACUCAUCCACGUCACAAUUAUCUGUCCCAAUUAUAUAGCCUCACACCCAUCAGUUCGUCCAUUGAUAGUUUUUUUUUUUUGGUUGAGGACUCUUUUAUGGGUCUGGGUAAUAUAUUUUUGAGGGGGAAAGGGGGUCGUUGCACUUGUUCCUUAUUUAAUUUUUAUUUGCAAUUUUUUUUCGGGGGAUUUAUGAAUUUAUUUUGGAUGUCUUAAAUGAUUGUAAAUGUCAAUUGACCCUAAAAUAAAUUCAUGAACCCCUUAAAAUAAAAUGACACUCCUUCCCUGAAUUUUGAUUUCUAUUACCACCCACCUACCCCUACGAUAAUCCCCACACAGAUAAGAAAAUCAAGAAUUUUGAAUACUUAAUCGAAGUAUGGAUGAAUGGAUACGAUAUAAAUAAAUAAACCUGCACAGUUGUAAUGCAAGACAGAAUAAGAAAAAUAAUAUAAAAAAGUUAUUGACUAAGUAAAUGAUUGCAAUUUUUUUUAUGUUUUUUGCAAUAAAAAGAUGAAAGAAAGUUCAAUAAACUUAUAGAUGGCGUGACAGGAUGUUGAUAUUGUUAGAAAAUAGAGAAAAGAAGAUUUUUAUCUGUUCCGGAUGAUUAUUUUGCGUCUACUUUUUGCUUAAUUGAAUUUUUUUUAAUGUUUGAUGGCAAAAAGUCGAAGAAAUGAAAGUUGAGGAAGUGAAAUGUUGGGGUUUGGGAGAUUUGACAGGGUCGUCAUUAGGUUAUUUGAAACAGAUGAGAAUUCAAAUUUUUUAUAAAUAAUUUGAAGUUGAAAAUUAAUUUACAAUUUUUAAACAGACUUUCAAGAACCCCCAACACACUUAUUAGACCCCCAAAAGCUUUCAAAUUUCUAUAAAAAUACCGAUCAAUAUUUAAAAAAAGAAGAAUGAAAACUUUCAAAAAGUUUUUCAAUUAAUUUUAAUUUGAGGAAAUUAAAGGAAAAAUAAAUCAUGUAAAAAGAAAUAUUUAGAAAAAAAUUGUACACAAAAAUAUUCGGCAUUGACUUUGUUUUUGUAAAAAAUGAGCAAAAUAACAUUUUAUGUCUUAUUAAAAAAAAAUUAAAAUCAAAAAUGAAAAGGCGAUGACGAUUGAUUGAAGUUUCGGUUGAGAUAACAGUUUUUUUUUUGGAAACUCAUAAAAAAUUGUACAAAAAAAAAUUGUGAAUUCUUAAAAUUUAAAAAAAAUGAUUUUUCAAGUUUAAGCAAAUUUUAAGUUUUGAAACUAUAAAAAUUUGAAACUAAUUUUGAAGGUUAAUUUUUUGAUAAUUUGUAAAAAUUCAAUUAAAUUUGAUUUAAUAAAAAUUUCCCUCGCCUCAGCUGAAACUUCCACAAAAAUUCGAAAAAAUGAAAAAAUAAAAGAAAAAAAUUUUAUUCAAGAAAAACCCACAAAAAACUCUUCAAUUAAAGCACUUAGUUGUAAAAAAAUUGCAUAAAACACAAACAAAAAAAAAAUUAUUUCAAUUUUUAUUCAUUUCGAUGUAAGAGACAAAUUUGCAAAAUGUGUAUACCAAUAAUUUUUUGUGAUAAUAUGUUUAGUUUCGAACAAAAAAAAAUAAAUGAAAAGAAAAAUGAUAGAAAAAAGAAUUGAAAAAUUUAAUUUGAAUUUUUUUAAAUAAAAGUUUCAUUCGCAAAAAAGCGAAAAAAAUUUAAACUUUAAUUUCACUUUUUUAUUAUUUUUUCUUUUCUCAGUUUUUUUUAAAUUGUAGCAAAUAAAUUAAAAAAUAUUAAAUAAAAGAAUUUUAUUCAUAAUGAAAAAAAAAGUAAAUUGCAAGAUAAGUAAAGAUGGAAAGAAUCUUUUUUUGUACAUAUUAAAAAUGUAAUUAUUG